CUUCAUUUCCCAUAAUGCACGUGGAGAAAGGCGCAGAGAAAAUAAACAGAGCUCAUCAUGGCGGCCGACAAUGAUCCCGAGUCUGAGGUGUUUGAGAUCACAGAUUUCACCACCGCGUCCGAAUGGGAAAGGUUUGUGUCCAGAGUCGAAGAAGUGCUGAACGACUGGAAACUGAUUGGCAGUAAUGUUGGCAAGCCACCCGAAAAGGGAGAAUAUACCACAGGCACAUGGGAGGAGAAGUCACGCGAGAUCAACUUUGCCGAUUUCAAGUUUUCCAUCACGCACCAUUACCUGAAACAGGAAUGUUCUGAGGGCGAGGGGAAGGAAGACGGCGAAGAAGAUGCCUUUCCUCUGGCCAUGCAGGACCUGCUGUGCAUGAACAACGACUUUCCUCCGAGGGCGCACUGCCUUGUCAGAUGGUAUGGAGUGCGGGAAUUUGUGGUCAUCUCUCCUGGAGCGAACUGUGAAGCGAUUAUCAGCGAAUCCAAGUGCAACCUGCUGCUCAGUUCUGUCUCUAUCGCUUUGGGAAACACUGGCUGCCAGGUGCCGCUGUUCGUGCAGAUCCAGCAGAAGUGGAGGAAGAUGUACACGGGCGAAUGCCAGGGCCCCGGGGUUCGCACCGACUUCGAGAUGGUGCAUCUGCGCAAAGUUCCCAGCCAAUACAACCACCUCUCAGGCCUGCUGGAUAUCUUCAAAGCCAAAAUAGGGUGCCCGCUGACCCCGCUACCACCCAUCAACAUCGCCAUCCGCUUCACCUACAUCCUCCAAGACUGGCAGCAGUACUCCUGGCCCCAGCAGCCUCCUGACUUUGACGCCCUGCUCGCCGGAGAAGUCGGAGGCGUCGAGUUUGGCAAACUUCCGUUCGGCGCUUGCGAGGAUCCAAUAAGCGAGCUGCACCUCGCGACAACCUGGCCCCAACUGACUGAAGGCAUAGUCGUGGACAAUGACGUAUAUUCCGAUUUGGACCCACUCCAAGCUCCUCACUGGUCCGUGAGGGUGCGGAAAGCGGACAAUCCCCAAUGUUUGCUUGGCGAUUUUCUCACGGAGUUCCUCAAGCUGUGCAGCCGGAAGGAGUCCACGGAUGAGAUACUGGGAAAGAGUUCAGCCGAGGAGGAAAGCAAAGAAAACAGUGACAUCACUCAAGCACUGUCUAAGCUGACGGAGCCCACAGCGGUGCCGAUCCCCAAACUGUCCGUCUCGAACAUGGUGCACAGUGCCCGCAAGCACAUCCGCCGGCACCGCCGCAACGAUCAGUCUCCACUCAGUAACGACGUGCUCAAUUCUAUCCUACUGUAUCUCUUCCCAGAUGCAGCGCUGGACAAAUCCGACUCGAAUGAAGGUAAAGCAUCUCAGUCGAACCCGGGAGGAAAGAGCGAUCAAGAUAAAGAAACGGAGGACUACAAUCUGUUUAGCGUGCUGAAAUCGGCUCCGUGGGACUGUCUGACCUACAGGCUGGCGCUGUGUGUGUGUUUGGUGAAUUUCUACCACGGUGGCAUGAGAGCUGUGGCCCACCUAUGGCAGGAGUUUGUGCUGGAGAUGCGCUAUCGCUGGGAGAACAAUUACCUCAUCUACGGGUUGCCUGCUGGCCCUCCUGAUCUGCGAUGCUGCCUUCUCCACCAGAAACUCCAGAUGCUCAACUGUUGCAUCGAGCACAAGAAAGCGAGGGACGACGUCCGGAAAGACGCGGCCAGUGAAAACGGACUCCCGGUGCCUCAGGCGUCAUCGGGAAAGUCCUGGGACUCGUGGAGCGACAGCGAGGACGAGUUCUUUGAGUGUCUGAGCGAUGCAGAAGAUAUGAAAGAGGUGCCAGCGGACGGAGUUAAAGGAGCAGGAGCCAAAAUAAAGCCUGAGGGUCGACUGCAGACUCAUGGCAAGCUGACCUUGCUCAACUCACUCGAGCCGCUCUAUAUACCAGUCACGCAGGAGCCAGCGCCCAUGACCGAAGACGCGCUGGAGGAACAGUCGGAGGUGUUGGCCAAAUUGGGCACGUCGGCUGAGGGCGCCCAUCUCCGUGCGCGCAUGCAGAGCGCCUGCCUGCUCUCAGACAUGGAGUCCUUCAAGGCGGCCAAUCCUGGCUGUUCCCUGGAGGAUUUUGUGCGCUGGUACUCGCCAAGAGACUACGUGGAGGAGGAAGUGAGCGAUGAGGCGGGCGGGACGGUGGUCCAGGGAUCGCUGAGUGCCAGGAUGAAGAUACCGGGCAACAUGUGGGUGGAAGCAUGGGAGAGUGCCAAGGCCACACCAGCACGUAGGCAGAAGCGGCUGUUCGACGACACUAAAGAAGCCGAGAGGGUGCUGCAUUAUCUGGCAGUCCAGAAACCUUCUGACCUCACACGACACCUGCUGCCCUGCAUCGUCCAUGCUGCUAUACUCAAAGUGAAGGAGGAAGAGGCGGUUGAGGACAUCGCAUCGGUGCGUAAAAUCAUUCCUCAGGUCAGCUCUCAUGCCAGUAAACUGCUGCGCCACCCCAGUCCUGAUCUCAAGAAACUGGAGGAUACUAUUAACCAGAUCACGAUGCUGGAGGCCACAAUUGCCCGGGCUCGAUCUCUCAGAGCUAAGUUUGGCCUCGGGAAAGGAGAGAGACGAGAGGAGACUGAGGAUCUCGAGCUGUUCGUGAGCUCUCUGUUAGAAGAGCCCGAGGUGGCCGUGAUUGGCGCGGGACGGGGUCCGGCAGGAAGCAUCAUCCAUAAACUGUUCGUCAGCGCUCAGCGGCUGGCUGAUUCCAGUGAUGAGGCCGCCCUGUUGGCGCCGUUAGACGAAGAAGCGGGCCGAGUGGGUGGGCCCGACGAUCGCAAGCCGGCAGGAGGCGGAGUUCCAGAUUUCCCACCGCCGGCUGGACGGGAGAUCCUGCUGCGUACGUGCGUGCCGCGGCCGGCGCCGUAUUCCAAAGCCCUGCCCCAGCGCCUCUUCUGCGUCCUCCUGAGGGAAGACUUCCGGCUAGCUGGAGCGUUCUCGUCCGACACCUCGUUCUUCUGAGGAGAACCGCUCGAGGAACCGAGGUGAAAACUAAGGACGCUGUGGAUGUUUUUAAACACGUACGUUUUUUGAGUUGGGGGAGUGUUCAAGUUGCCUUGAAGAACUAAUGAAGAAACAAGGUUGCCAUGGAGUUAAAACCCAUUUGGGAUCUUUAUUCGUAGGGUGGCUUGUUUCUAGACCAGUUCUUUUGGGUAACUUCACCCAUGAAUGCAUUAUCACCUCUGAUAGAUGUGAACAACCUGUUCAUUUGGGUUGUCAUACACCUCAGUAAUAUCGGCCUGUCAGUUUCCCACAUACUUGCAGCAUUCCGUUUCUUAAAUCAUGCUUAAGGAAAAGAAAUCUCAGCAUUGAUGUGGGGAAAAUAUUUCUUUAUUAUAUAUACACUAUAUAUAUAUAUAUUUACACACCUUCUACAUGGGCAUGUCAUGUGCAAACUGAAGUAAGAACAGUAAGGCAUUGUACAGAAGAGCCAAAGUGAAGAUCGGAUUUGCGGAUAAUACAAGAAAUAAAAAUAAAAGUUGUACAUUUAUGUAUAUCAGUGUUCACAGAAAUAUCAUGGAUGUUUAUGGAGUAACUAGAAGAAUACAACAAUGUUUCUUUUCUGUAACCGUAGCCUUGUAAAAUGAUUAAACAAAUGACACCUCAGCAGAUAACGAACUCGUAUGUAUGAUGGUAUAUCACUAUUUUUCACAAUGAUUCUAGAUGUUCAUCUCGCUGUAUGUGCUGUUUGUUUUAUUGGACCAGUAACAUGCCACAGUUUGUAUGUUAUGACAGUAAAAGUCUCAGUUACCUACAGUGUGUAACAGGUUUAAAGUGCAGGUUUAAUUCUAGAUCGCGUAUAGUAGCCUUACAAAUUUCCUGACGGUUGCGUAGUAAUUGUAACUGCUGUUAAUUGUCAAAUCGCAGAGCGCGUUUGAUCAGCUAAUCUUGCGCCAAGUCUGUUUUAUGAAUACGAGUGAAAUUGGCCAAAGCGUGUAAAUGUCAAGUCAACAUUUCAAUCUUAAAUGUGAGACCUCCUUAAUUUAACACUGUUGUCCUGAAUGAAAUAAAAUAUUUUAAUGGCGCAAAUCA